AUGGCCUCUUCUUCGGCGUCGAUACAUGACAAUGCCAGCAGCAUAAUAAGCCAACCACCGCCUACAUUGAUGGCCAACAAUUACCCAACUGCACCAACCAUUUUACCCUCCUCAAAUAUAUUUACGCCUUCCCUACAAUUAACGCUUCGAGAGGAUAUUACAGUGGAACUUUCGUCAACAAUCACAGUGCAAUGUACCACAAUAUCAAACCAUAACGAUGUAUUAUAUUACUAUCAAGAACCACCUCCGUAUAAAGAUGAUCAAGAAAACCAACAAGAUUCCAAAGAUUUACUAUUACUACUUUAUGACAUACACAAAAAUCCCAUUUGGAAACUAAAAAGUCGAGAUUGGCAUGGCAUGACUCUACUACAUGAAGGUUUAGAGGUGAUACUAUCCACUACUCCGCCGCAAUUUAGAUUCACUGUAAAUGAGCAGAAGUAUCACUGGCAAGUUCAACCGCAGGGCUCUACCUACACUCUCAAAUGCUUUCAAACCGAAACAAAACUUUUUGUUGCUGAAUUGAAGGAAGAUCAACUAUGUCUGUACAAUCAAAAUAGCGAAUACAACCCCUUUCGGCAAUUGACGCAGAUCGAUCCCCACAUAACUCUAAUCAUACUGUCUGGAUUGCUUGUAAAUCACCAUUUGAAGAACCUACUAAAGUCAUUAGGCGGUGGACCUGAAGCGCUACAAAUGAUGGUAGAUCCCAACGAAGUAUGUAUUAAUAGCAACACCUCAAAAUCAACUCCUGGCUUUCAUCCUGAACGGGAGAAUGAGGAGGAGGAAGAUGACGAUGUCGCAAGUCUAUCGUAUACCAGAAAUUAUCCCGGGCAUCAAAGCCUGGUCUAUGAAAGAGAUCCAAAUAACCGAUGGUCCUCCUCUGCACAGUCAUUUAAAAGCAUCGAAUUGGAUCCUGGAGUAUGGCAUUGUUGGUGGGGUUACAAAUUUUGGUGGUCAUGGUUUCCAUGCUGUAUGCCAGGUGGGUACUGUGAUCGAGCUUGCAUUAGAUUAAAGGGGCACAGACCAAAAGUAAGAUCAACGAGGACAUUAUCAAAGCAAGGAUGGCAACAACAGCACUACUAA